UGCGUUGUUGUGUGACUGGAAUUAGAUCGGCCAAGAAGAGGAGGUUGGCGUGGCAGAGGAGGAAAUGAGGCUCUGGCAGAGACUCGCCGGAGCUCUGAAAGACGGGAACAGCGUCUGGGUGGCUCGGCUGUCUCGCCGCACCUCCUUCCGCAACCCCGAUCUGGAAGCCGCCGUCAUCAAGGCCACCAGCCACGAUCAGCAUCGCAUUGAUUGCAAGAACGUUCAACGUGUCUUCCAAUGGGUUCGCACCUCUCCUCUAUACCUCAAGCCCCUCGUAUGGUCUCUCGCCAUGAGAAUGCAAAAGACUCGAAGCUGGGUCGUCGCUCUCAAGGGCUUGAUGCUCAUGCACGGCAUUUAUUGUUGUGAUCUUGCCAUUGUUCAAAAGAUGGAUCGAUUGCCGUUCGAUCUCACCAAUUUCAGGGACGAGCAUGUCAGCCAAGAUAAGGCUUGGGCUUAUAACGCCUUUGUUCGUUCGUAUUUUGCGUAUUUGGACCAGAAAUCCGCCUUUAUAUCCAUGGAAUUCCAGAAAAAGAGCAAACGGGGCAAGAAAUCAGAGGACACAUUGAUGGAAGAAUUGGAGAAAUUGCAGGCGAUGCAGGAUUUGAUUGACAUGCUGCUUCAGGUUAAACCUGACUAUGCGAGUUCGCAUAAUGGUCUUAUUCUGGAAGCUAUGGAUUGCGUUAUUGUGGAGCUUUUCGACGUGUAUGGUAAAUUUUGCAAAGGGAUUGCUCGAGCUCUCUUGAGGAUAUACGAUAUUGGUGGGAAGAUGGAGGCUGGUGCUGGGCUCACGGUUCUUCAGAAAGCAGCAACCCAAAGCGGCCACCUUUCUGCAUACUUUGAUUUCUGUAGGGAAAUUGGCGUCCUCAACGCUUCUCAAUGCCCCCAAAUGGAGCGAUUCCCUGAUGGGUGUAUCAAAGAUCUGGAGAGAAUCUUCAAUGGGGCUGAUGAGAAGGGAAGGUUUAAGGGUGAUGAUGAAGACAAGGCCAUUGCGUCCUACAUUAAUGCCAUUGCCUGCAAGGAUGAACACAAGGGAUCAGAUGGUAUGAAGACGGUAAUUACAGAAAAGUGGGAGGUUUUUGAUGAUGAGAUGGCGCUUGAUGACCGAGAGAAAACAGCUUUCUCAACCAACCCUUUUGAAGAAUCAUAUCGCAUCGUACCCUACCAAGCAGUUCAUAACCAAGUUCUUCCGGAUUUAAUCAUUUUUUAGCACAUGAUGCCAUCCCAUGCUUGUCUCAGAGGGUUUGACUAUACUAGUAUCUAUUUUUCAUUUGCUUAAAGGAGAGAUACAGAAAAGCAUAAACCAAAAGGGUCCGUCAUCUGACUUACAAUUUAUUGUCUAUGGCGGAGUAUAGCGAGUCCUUUCUGUUAUUGUUUUCCUCCGCCAAUGUUCGGGGUUUCCCAGCAUGUAAGCUCUGUUGUGACCGGUUGAGUUAAACUAUGAUUAGAUGUAUAAUAAAAUUUUUGGU